AUGGGUACGAUUCAGGCAACUGAUCCACGCGGCAGGCAAUCGGCUUCUACAACACCACUAUCACCGGCUGUCUCAAGAAACAAUCCUACUGUCGUUGAUAAUAUUCUCCCAGAAGGCUCUUUAAGCCACGAAUCAUCGGAGGCUCAGGAUGCCGAGCUUUAUUUGACAUACUGCAACUCACAGCCACUCCUUCUUUUCCCAUGUCGAUCCUCUUUGGCCUCUCUGGGAAAGAGGGACGUUGAGCUCCUAUUGGCUAUGGGGGCCAUGGGUGCUCGUUUUAAAGACCAGGGAGUUCACAGCAAGGCCAUUCAAGACGAAAUUGGAAGAAAAAAAGAAAGGGCUUGCAGCAUGGUCAUGAUGCGAGUAGCCGCAGGUACAGUGGAGCUGUCAACGAUACAGACCUUAUGCAUACUCAGCAUGCUGGAAUUCACAGCGGGUCACAUCAUCCGCGCUGGGUCCUACACUGGACUUGCUACUCAUUUCAUCCAUCAUCUGAAAAAAGAUGGCUUUGAGAAACUGAGCAAUUUGGAAACAGAGCGUGACGAGCGUAAGCUAUGCUACAUCAGUCUUAUCAUGCUCCAAAAUAUCCACGGGUCUUUACAGCCGCCUGAAGUUGGAGAUAGCCUUAACUCGCUUGCAGCUCCUGGCGGGUGGAACUCUUUAUUGAGGACGGGAUCAUCAACCAAAGCAAUCUCUUGGGGUAGCAGCGGUGACAACAAGCUUGAUAUCGGAAUCAGUGGAACCAACGUCCAUACAAGCGAGCUAUGGGCCCUGGCAUGCAACUAUGCGAGCAGUCAUGUGGGAGUUGACGCUCAUUCACCAUGGUCCCCCAGAUCCGAUUACAGCUUAAUCAACUUCCAUCAUUGUGAGCACGAGAGCUUGAUGCCACUUCGCUUCCGACUACAUGCAAGCCGUUUUCAAGAUCACCCACCAGCUGAGCUCCAGGCUCAUCGUGACUACUGGGGGCCCUGGAUUUUCUUUCAAAUGGUUUGGCAUGCGGUGCCAUGUAUAGCCAAUCAUCCAUUCCUCCUCUCCAUGAGACUACGGAAAUUUCGCAGAACAAUGCCCCAGUCCUUUCUUCGAAACUCCUUCGAGCAGCUGACCUUCCACUCGGGCUGGGUGGUUCAUUUCCUUGAACUUACCGAGUCGAAGAAUUUUGAAGUAUCUGAUCCGACUAUCGGACAGUGCGUUGCCAUAGUUGCCACCAUAUACCUCCAGCACAGCUUUGUGGAAGAUCGGGCUUUCAGCAAAAAGGCACAGAUGGGAUUCGAAAAAUGCCUCAAGUUCCUCCGUAACAUGGGCCGCCGAUGGCCACAUAUCGACCGCCAGGUCGGACACCUCGAACAGCUUCGGGACACUGUUGCUCCUGGGGGACUGACCACAGAUGGAGGUGCACCCGCAGUGUCUCAUACCCACCAAAAGUGGUCAGUCAAUUUGCAGCUUUUAUGGAAGAUUUUGGUUUAUGCUCAUGCCAGCAACACAUCGGAUGUUGCUGGGGACAUAUUCGGUCCGGAACUUGCCAAGGACAGCGUCGGUCACUCCGGCGAUCCCUCCGCCGGCGCCAUCACUGAGCGCGACUUCUCACUUUUUGGAUCUGCCGGGAUCUCUGGACACACAACUGUCGCGUCUGAGUGUGUCACUUAUCCCCCCGAUCAGAUUGAGGAUCCGACACAGGCAGGGAGUCAAACUUCACCAACUAUAGAUAUUUCUGGGCUCCCAGAUGAUCCCAAUGUGGACUUCCCAGGUAGUGACACGCUCUUUCUUCAGCUCCAGGACUAUGGGAGGGCAUUUGAAGACUGGCUGAGUAUCAACCCAUCGUGA